AUGUCCCCCUUAAAGACCUUUCUCGACCUCGUCAAGGCCACGGACAACUAUCCCCUCGUCGACAUCCCUCGAUUGCCCUACGCACCAGACCGCUCUGCCAGCCUAUACCAGCUCUUCCUGCCCAACGAUCCUCGUCCGCACGGCUUCAUCCUGCCCUCGGUCGUGGACCGCAUGCCCUGGACCUCGGACUUUAGUAUUUCGCAUUCUAUCCCGCGUACCGUGCAGCUCCGCGAUGCCUCGGACGGUGCCGAUACCGCCGCGGCCUGCAACGCCGCGUUCAAAAAGGUGAUUGACGCCGCGGGGGAGGCUCAGGUGUUUGCGAACCUCCAGAGGGUCUGGCCCGAAGAUUACAAGGUCUUGGGCGCCCGGUGCAGUGGGGGCAGCAGAGUGCAGUUGCUCCGGGCCGCGGCUGGGCUCUUUGGCAUCUCGUGCCGCGGAGCCCACAUGACUGUAUACACUUACACGGCCGCCGGCGAGCUCAAGAUAUGGGUGCCCCGGCGGAGCAGAGAAAUGAUGACCUGGCCGGGGAAGCUGGACACGACCGUGGCCGGCGGCGUCAGGGCCGAGGAGUCGCCGUUUGAGUGCAUAGUGCACGAGGCCGACGAGGAGGCAUCGUUACCUGGAGCUCUCGUACGAAAACAUACUAAACCCGUCGGCGUCAUCACCUAUGUCGCAGAGAGCGCGGCAGGGUCAGGUGGCGAGCUCGGUCUUUGCGUGCCUGAUGUGCUAUACUGCUACGAUCUCGAGGUGGGUCAAGACGUCAUACCGAAACCUCAGGAUAAUGAGGUCGAGGGCUUCUAUCUCAUGAGCGUGGAUCAAGUCAAGGAGAGUCUACUACGCGAGGAGUUCAAGACCAACUGUGCCUCUGUCAUGAUUGAUUUCUUCAUUCGUCAUGGUGUCAUUACCGACGAUAAUGAGCCGGAUUACUUGGACAUUGUGACGAGGCUUCACCGCCCACUCCCAGUUCCAACAACUCCUUUCUGA